ACGUGACGAGGCAGCCUAAGAGCUGUUAUGCAACCGCUGACCUACUAACACAUAUUUCUAGCAAGGGAGCCGGAGAAACUGGAGCAAAGGGUCCGGCAGCGCACAACACACAGGCAGCCAGAGCCAAGAGACAGAAACAGCAUCCAGCACAGCCUCUCACCACACCGCCACUCAGCCGAGCUGCGACAGAAGAGGGAGACGAAAACUUUUCGGCUUUUUUGGGAGGUUUCUUCCACACGCGCAAGGAAAAGGAGGAAACGGGAGCGAGACAGCUUUGUGUCGGUGAAGCCGGAAUCUUUCUCCCCCCUCUAGGACACGGAGAGUAAGUGGCCAGCAAACAGAAGCACUGAAACGGAUCCUCAGGGAGCCCCCAAAGUAGACGGACUGACCUACAUCCUCCGUAAGACACUGAGAGCAGCAGCCUGACAGACAUCACAGCUCUGCUAAAGAUUGAGGAAGAUAAAGUCAAAAUCCACUCCAACAAGGCUCCAGAGACUGAGGAAAUCACAGCUGAAAGACUCUUUGAUCGAAAACAAACCUACUUCUUUUUUGUCUUUCCCCGUUCAGAACACUUGUCCAAUGUCUGAGGUUUUUCUGAAGUUCCACCUCUUUUUAAUCUUCCUGGCGAUUAUGGACACUUGAACGUUGAACAAUAACAGAAAUCAAUGAGGCUAUCCCUUCAAGGAACAAAUACCUCAUCAAGACAUUUUUGCAGAUCCUGCAUCUUAGUCCUCAGCAACAAAGCAGUCGUCUCAUCUUGUUUUGAAUUUUCCCUUUCCCCCUUUGCCCUUUGCUAGAGUUACACUCUGGCCAACAGCUAGGAAAACAUGGAAAGUCUGGGUCUACACCUCCCAUCAACCAGCAACAAGAAUGCAAUGGAUGUCGACAAUUUUUCCUCCUACAGCGGCAGCAUCCGAUCCGCUUCUCCGGAAGAAGGACCGCGGAGCAGCCGCCAGUCUAAAGGUUCCAAGUCCAAUGCGAGUAGCCGUCGCAAGCGAGAGUUCAUUUCCGACGAGAAGAAAGAUGCUUCCUAUUGGGAAAAGCGAAGGAAGAACAAUGAAGCAGCCAAGCGCUCAAGGGAAAAGCGGCGCCUCAACGACAUGGUGCUGGAGAACCGCGUCAUGGCGCUGAACGAGGAGAAUGUUCGCAUAAAGACGGAGCUCCUUCAGCUCAAGUUGCGCUUCGGCCUCAUCAGCACGGCAUCCUACAUGGAGAAAAGUCAGCAGUUAUCCAACAGCGCUGCUUGUGUCAACAGUAGUAGUGGGAGCGGCAACGGCACCCCCAACCCCUACCUCUCAAGCAGCGGCUACUCCAGUGCAUCCCAGGUGAUGCUGAACUCAGACUCGUCUGAAACCGAACAGUCGGGCCGCGGCGAGCGCCACAACGCGCUCCACCAGUACUCUCCACGGGGCUCCAUCUCCGACAUGUCUGACGACUCCUCCAGUGACAGCCCAGAACCAAUGGGCUUCAACAUAAAGACGGAGCCCGCAACUAUGGAGAUGGCCGGCCUGGAAAGCAAGGCGAUGCCCAAUGAUUUGCAGAAUGGAGCUUACCAUGGCAACCACACUACCCUGGUUUCUCCACACCAGCAGAACGCCCCAUUGGCUGAAAGUGCCAUGGACUACCAACACCACCAGCAGCAGCAACAGCAGCAUUGCCACGUAAAGGCCUCCAGUCCAGCUCCUCAGGCCACCUCCGCGCAGAGGAGCGUCAUCCUGUACCGCUCCAGCAGCGGCUGUUACCCAAUGGACACCCAGCGGGCCGAGGAGCAGCCGAGCAGAUCCCAGCAGCACUCCUCCACCUCCAAGUUCUCAGACAUCACAGAGGUCGCUGAGAAGCUGGAGAGAACAAACACCAUGGAUUCACCUCAGUACGAUUACACCGAAGGUCGUGCUGAGUCCACAGAUGACGUACAGCAGAGAUACAACACCGACACGCAACAACAGCGCGAGAGCCACCAUCACUACAGCUACCAGGGGCAGGAGGGCGGUCUGCAGCAAAGCCAACAGAACCCCUUCGCCCCUGAUCUGACCCGCAACACGGAGGAGGGCGAGUCCUCGUUCCCACAGCACAACGGCUACCUCAACACACUGGACGAAGAGCCCCCGGUUCUCACGUAUGAGGGAGGCCCACGAGCAGGCGGCUUCUACCAGGAGAACUCUUCCACUAAAGACACCUCCUCCAGUGACGGGGAACCUCGGAGCUCUGACAAGGAGGGCUCCACGGAUGACGAGUCCCCCUGCUCGUCCUCCUCAGACAUCAGCAGCUACCAUCAGAAGGAGGCUGGAGUUCCAAGCUCACACAGCGAGCUCCAAGCCGAGUACAAAGGCACCGCCCUGCCCCACAAGCUCCGCCUCAAGUACAGAGCCCUUACCAACGGGGCGGCGGGGAUGCACAUGGAGGGAACCGUCAACAUGUCCACGUCCCCCUCUCCCACUUUGCCUCAGCACCCCUACUUAGCUCUGCCCAGCAACCCUCACAGCUCCCAGAUGAACGGAGAGAGCAAGGAGGUGGACAAUGACACUGAGUGUGCGGGACAGAUCAACUCUCUGAAUGAGAGGGAGGAGGCUAAAAAGGAGGGAGGGAAAAAGGGAUCCAGUAGCAGAGGUGGGCCCAAUAAGAGGCAAGAGUAAGGACACUUGGGACUUUUUUCUGUUACCAAUACCACAAUAACUAACAUUGCUACCCUACGACACAGAGAAGAGCCGGUGAUCUGCCCGAGGUGCAGUUUGGAUGUGAUUUCACAAAGUUUCACUGUGUUCCUCUUCCCUUCAAAUCUGUCCUACCUGUCCUUCCUAUUUGGUAGAUCACUUAAUUAGGAAGGCAACUCUCCAGAGCUGGAGUCUGGGGUAUUUCCCUUAUGGAAAAUUCAUACAUCAUUCAUUUUUGUAAACUGCCCUGGUGGCUGCCCAGCGUUUAUUGUGGCAUUACGGGAACAAUCCUCUGACCA